UUUCCGGCUCCAAACCACGCACCCCACAUACACAUACACAUACACAUACACAUACACUAUAUACAUACACAGACACAGAAAUCAUUGAAACGAAAAUUCUAAGCAAAACCCACGAAGAUUUUGUCCUCGAUCCUCUUUCGAUGGAUUUUUCAGAACAGCACAAAAAUAUCUUCGGCCCAGACUACGAUGACGACGAUGAUGGUAAUAAACAAGAUGGGGCCCACUCAUCCUCACCGUCUUCGUCAUCGUCGGCUUCGACGUCGUCGUCGGCUUCGUCAUCGUCGGCUUCUUCUUCAUCCAACGAAGGAGGGGAGUCAAGCAGUGGGAAUAGCCCGAGCGCAAGCAGUGGCGGUGGCGCCGGCGGUGGAGGUGAAGAAGAAGUAGAGAAUGGCGAAGAGGCUGAUUAUUCAAACGCUGCCGAGGACGACAAUGAGUACAGCAAUAUGGGUUACUUUGGGGAGGAAGACAGGGAUCUGUUUGGCUCUGACAAUGAAGAUUACUGUAAAACCCCUGCUACUAGUCCUUUCCCUAUUCCUGUAUUGCCUGUCAUACGCAGGACGAAUAAUCAGGGUAGAGGGAAUCCAGGGCGUGGUCGUUGGCAAUCUGGACGUCCAAAUGAUAGAGGCGCAGGCAUCCUUGGUCGAGGCGGACCUUUUCAACAGAGGCAAAAUUUCGGAUAUGGUGGCUCUAAUGGUUAUCGUGAUGAACGUUUUAUCUCGGAAUUAAAACUACUUUCAAAGAGUGAAGAAACACUGUCAAGAAAGGCCGUUGCAUUUCAGGAACCCUGUGAGCUUGCUUGCUAUAGUCGGGUAGAAGGUGGAGAUGUCAGCUUUGACGAUACCAGCUUGAGGCUUUUCAAGCGUCUGAUUACUGAAGAAAUUGGAAGAGAUCUUAAUGAAGGUUAUGAUACUUUUAUUGCGAAGAAAGAUUUGGGCUCUCAAGGUUUUGGUGAUCUUCUCGCCUGCAUAAGAGACAAGAAUAUUCCUCUUCAAAACAUUCAUUUUGUGACUUAUCGCAACAAUCUAAAUAAGAUAUUGGCCACUUUUUAUAACAAAAGGGAUCCUUGGGAGAUGGGAGUACAUAAAAGAAAUGGGGUUGUCUAUCUUGAUGUGCAUAAACUACCUGAAAGGCCACAGACUGAGUUGGAUCGAAGAAGGUGUUACUGGGGGUAUUGUUUUGAGAGUCUUGCCACUGAAGAUCCAGGAAGAGGCGAUGGACCGAUACAUCAUGUUGAUGCCAAUGUUGAAUACUGUUCUGUGAUCAAAACAAAAUUAGGGGCUCAUCGUAUUCUGAUGGGUGCUGAAAUGGAUUGCUGUGAUUCAACUGAUGAUGGAAGGAGGUUUUAUGUGGAAUUAAAGACAAGCCAUGAGUUGGACAACCAUAAGAUAGAGUACGAGUUUGAGAAAGAAAAGCUCCUCAAAUUUUGGAUUCAAUCAUUCUUAGCGGGUGUUCCCUAUAUCGUCAUUGGAUUUAGGAACGAUGCAGGUCAACUUGUCCGCACAGAGAGACUAAGAACUAAAGAUAUAACACACAGAGUGAAAAUGAAGAACUACUGGCAGGGAGGAGUUUGCUUGGCAUUUGCUGAUGAGGUAUUAUGCUGGCUCUAUGGGACGGUAAAAGAGAAUGAAGACUACAUAUUGCAGUUUACUCAUCCUUUCCAACGUUUGGAGCUUUUACAAGCCCAAUCUUGCCCAGAAGAAAUCACUAACCAUGUUCAGCAGCUGUAGACGUUGAGUGACGCGCGCCAUAUUAAGUAGAGACUGAAAUCGGGAGUGGGAGUCCUAUUAUUGACUGUGCAUCUCCCCCGGUUGUUCUUGCUUCAAAUUACUUGCGCCUCUUCGAGGCACAAAAUGCAGUGUUAUUCUCAUGAUCAACGACCCCAAAAUUGCUGUUUGACAAUCGCAUUCCCUUUUUAUGUCUGAUGGCUCAUAUCAUUGUAAUGCUGCUGAGAACAACACCAAUCGAGAGAAUAAUAUGUAACCUCUUUUGCACGUUUUUCUUGCUGAUUUAUUACUGUAGGAACACAUCAAGGUUAAGUAGGCAAAAGGACUUGCCAUCUUAUAGUAAUUAAGUCGACACUUGAAUCGACUUUGUGCUUUUCAUGACUGCUCUAGACAGUGGCGCGUAAGUGCAAGAGCGAGAUUAUGACGAGUCUUUCGGCUGAAAUGAUCAGUUUUUG